AUGGAGACUACCGUGAGGAACAAGCAAGUAAUACUGAGAGAUUACGUGAAGGGUGUUCCUAAACAGUCUGAUCUGAUGAUCGUUUCAAACACAUUGGAGCUCAAGGUUAAGCCGGGAUCGUCCGAGGUUCUGGUGAAAAAUAUCUACUUGUCUUGUGACCCUUACAUGGGGAUUCUCAUGAGAGAACCAACUCCUUCGACUUUAGCACUUUUGGAUGCUUUCGUCCCUGGCAAGCCUAUAGGUGGAAUUGGAGUGUCUAAGGUGAUAGAUUCUGAUGAUCCAGCUUUUAUAAAAGGGGACUUUGUUUGGGGGAUGGUUGAUUGGGAGGAGUAUAGUACAAUUAAAAUGCCCAUGAUAUUCAAAAUCGAUGUUACUAUCAAUGUUCCUCUCUCCUACUACACUGGAAUCCUAGGGACGCUUGGUUUGACUGCUUAUGCCGGGUUUCAUGAGAUAUGUUCACCUAAAAAAGGUGAAACUGUCUUUGUCUCUGCGGCUUCUGGUGCCAUUGGCCAACUCGUGGGUCAGUUUGCAAAGUUGAUGGGCUGCUAUGUUGUUGGAAGUGCUGGAAGUACACAAAAGGUCGAUCUUCUGCUAAACAAAUUUGGAUUUGAUGAUGCAUUUAACUACAAGGAAGAGCCUGACUUUGAUUCCGCCUUAAAGAGGUGUUUUCCAAACGGUAUUGACAUAUACUUUGAGAACGUGGGAGGUAAAAUGCUAGACGCGGUGCUACUGAACAUGAAUAUAUGUGGAAGAAUUGCUGUCUGCGGGAUGAUUUCUCAGUACCAUCUUGAAACCAGAGACAUAGUAAAUAAUCUACCCAACAUCAUGUUUAAGAGGAUAAAGAUGCAAGGGUUUCUUUUUAUGGACUUCCAUGAUCAAUUGGAAAAGUUUUAUGAGUUUGUACAUCCUCUCUUAAAAGAAGGGAAGUUAAAGUACGUGGAAGACAUCGUCAACGGACUUGACAAUGGUCCUGCUGCUCUUGUAGGACUUUACCAUGGACAAAACAUUGGGAAACAAGUUCUAUUGGUUGAUGCCCAUAUGGUUCUGUAG